AACAUCCAGCCGGAAGUUCUAGGGCUCGCCUCGGGAGGGGUGGGGGCGGGGAGCCACUGGCGGACUGCGGCCAGGAUGGCGGCUCAAAUUCCAAUCGUGGCUGCCAGCUCUACCCCCGCCAUAGCUAGAAACAGCAAGAAGAGGCCGGCCAGCCCUUCCCACAACGGCAGCGGAGGGGGAUACGGCGUUAGUAAGAAGAAAAAGCUGUCCGGCUUCGGUCAGGGUGUCAGCAUUGAAGCCGUGAGUGAGAAUAAAAUGGCAUCCUCUGAGUUUAGCUCAGGACCUGUGGAAAAAGCUGCCAAACCGCUGCCGUUUAAGGAUCCCAACUUUGUGCAUUCUGGCCACGGCGGCGCAGUGGCUGGCAAGAAGAGCAGAACCUGGAAGAACCUCAAACAGAUCCUCGCUGCUGAAAGGGCGUUGCCGUGGCAACUGAACGAUCCUAACUACUUUAGUAUUGAUGCUCCUCCAUCCUUUAAGCCAGCUAAGAAGUAUUCUGAUGUUUCAGGCCUUCUGGCCAACUACACAGACCCUCAGAGCAAGCUGCGGUUCAGCACCAUUGAAGAGUUUUCCUACAUCCGCAGGCUGCCAUCCGAUGUGGUCACAGGCUACCUGGCCCUGAGGAAGGCCACAAGCAUUGUUCCCUGAGCCUGGAAGUGGAGACGGAGUGCAAAUGGCCUCAGAUCACACUGCGCUCUUGAUUUUGUUUCACAGAAACAAACAUUUCUGCUGUCAGUUUGAAACUGUCGGCUCUGCACCUUGGAAAGAAUGUCUGACUGUACCCUGAGGAUUUUUGGGUUUUUUUCUCCCCAAGUGUGAACUUCCUAGUUGAAUUAAAUCAUAGGUCAAUUGUU